GGUAGGGGGGGCGGCCCCGCCUCAGCACGUGCCGGGCAUGGCGCCGAGCGCGGGCUUGCAGUCCGGGAGCAGCGACUGAGCUAUUUUCGGCAGGUGUUCCCUGUCGCUAGUAUCUGCGGCCCCAUUAACACGAGGGCAGGAGGCCCGGGAACAGCACCUGUUGCUGCCCGUGCUUUCUGUCCCGGAGGAUUGGUGACGUGGAUUCAGCCUGGCCAUUGGGCGGGAGCGCUGUCGCGUGCCAUGGGCUUGCUGUUGCUUUGCCUGCAUAGCAGGGGGAAAAAGCGAGCCUGGAGAGCGCGUUUUGCCCCAGGCCACCCAGCUUUUAAGAGCGGAGCUGGGACUUGAACCAGGGCUCACUCCAGAGCUUGAGCUGAGCGCUUAGCCGCUUGGUUUCCACAGUGCCUGGUGAAGUUAGCGACAGCGCUGGAACCCGAUUUCUAUUUUUUUUUUUCCUGUUUUUCAACCCAGAAUUUUCUUUCCUCUUAAUCCCAGAUUGUGGAGUUGCUGGAGAAAUUCAAGAUUUUAGUGUUCCACAAUCUUUAGGAGAUUGCAAAGUAAUGUUUACAGGCAGUUUGCCUGUAAGUAAGGAAGGAAAUUUUACUUCUAUUGGAAGCCAGACUUGUGGGGGAAAUUAAGGUAAAAUCCAGUCACAAAAAAAGCAAAUUACACUGACACAAAGUUUAAAUCCAUACCCUGGGGGUCAUUUUAACAAAGGCAAAAAUAGGAGAGACUUGUAUAUAUUCGAGAGAACUCUGUGCUAAAAAUCAGCUUGGCCAUGACCAGGAGCGCUCCUGAAGUCAUGGCGUGGUUGAAAGGCGUGCCCUUCAAAUCAAGGCUUGAAAUGGAGGAAAGUCGUACGGCACUAGCUGCCAUCUCACAUGCCAGAAGGCUGAAGCAGACAAGCACAAGCCAGUUCUGCAUUUCUUUCCAGACAUUGGGUUUGCCUAUCACAGAUGAACAAAUCCAGGAGAUGAAAUCAAACCUGGACAACAUUGACUUCAAGAUGGCAUCUGAAGAAGAGAGGCAGUUACGACAUGACGUGAUGGCUCACGUGCACACGUUUGGCCACUGCUGUCCAAAAGCUGCAGGCAUUAUUCAUCUUGGAGCCACCUCCUGUUAUGUUGGAGACAAUACAGACCUGAUUAUUCUCAGAAAUGCAUUUGAUCUGCUUUUGCCAAAGCUUGCCAGAGUGAUCUCUCGGCUCGCCGACUUUGCUAGGGAACGAGCUGAUCUACCUACCUUAGGUUUCACACAUUUCCAGUAAGUGAUUAGAUAACUUCUUGGGAACUGGACUUAUUUAUGUGCAUGUGGCUUUUAGUUCUUCCUUUUCCACAGUAAACUUGAGGUGAAGAAUCUCAAAACAUAAGCAGCUAAAAUUUGGUAUACUCAGGAGAAACAAGCCAGACACCCACCUUAGAAGUUAUACUGAGGGCUAGGUAGUGGUUGCCUAGCAUGCUUGAAGCCCAUAGUUCAGUGCCCAGUACUGGGGAGUGGAGAGGGGAACCGUGACGGGACGGGAUAUACUGACUGUGUGUGCCUCGUUCUAGCUAGCUGCUCAGGCUGAGAUUAGAGGAUAGCUUGAGCUAUCCCUGAGUUGUAGACAAGGCUGAACAACACAGUAAAGACCCCAUCUCCACAUCAGAAAAUCUAUACUGAUUCUUUUUUUUGGUUCAUAAGCAUGAUGACUGAGUGCUCACCUGUCUGAUAUGAAGAAAAAACAAAAAAGCUAUAUUGAUGAGACUAAAUCAACAGUUCAUUUGGGAAAUAUGUAUGAGUAUAUACCAAGAACCUUAAAGUAGUCAUAUUUUUGUGGGGAGGGUGGCUGUACCAGGGUUUGAACUCAGGGCUUGAUGCUUAUGAGACGUGCUCUACAGCUUAAGCCAUGCCUCCAGCCCUUCACACUCCUUUUUUGUCAAUUCCUUUCUUGAGAAUCUAGUCUAAGGAAAUAAUGCAAAUUAUGGGAAUAUUAUUAUGCACCAAGAUCUUUGUUACAAUUUUAUAGUAAGUACUGUAAACUCUUAAGACUGAGAAGAGAAUAAAUAAGUUACAGUACAUCCACAGGUUGGAAUAAUUGCAACUAUUACAGUAUUGCGCCUAAGACUGAAGGUAGAAAUAUGCUUAGAUUCGGGAAAAAAGACAGUUUAUGAACUGCGCAAAGAUUGAAGGAUCAUCAUGAUGUAAAUACAGGAUUACCUGGUUUAUGACAUAAUAGGGUAGUUAAACUUUUUCCU